AUGGCUACACGACGUCACAUGCGCCUGUUCUCGGCUCUCCAGCGGCCUCAGCACCUGCGCCGAUUUGCUACCGAGUCGCGGUUAGCCUCGGAUCAUGUACGCAUCGUGGAGGUCGGUCCACGAGAUGGGCUACAAAAUGAGAAGAAGUCCAUUUCCAUGGAGACAAAGCUGGAAUUGAUCCAGCGGCUAGCAAAGACCGGCGUGACUACCAUUGAAGCUGGCUCUUUUGUUCCCGCGAAAUGGGUGCCCCAGGUAUGUAUCGUCGCAAAUCAGCUAUACAUAGCUUUACAACCAAUACUCACGCAAUGGCUCCUCCAGAUGGCCAGUACCAGUGAGAUAUGCGAGCACCUCCUAACAUCGCCUCCUCAAUCUCAUGAUACAAUCGCCUACAACUACCUCGUACCGAACAUCAGAGGGCUAGAGAAUCUUGUCAAGAUCAUGGACGCCAAGGGCGCCUCUGCAGAAAAGCCGGCUCGGACGCUAGAAGUCUCGCUCUUCGCUGCCGCGACCGAAGCUUUUUCGAAGGCCAACACAAAUUGCACAAUUGCUGAAUCGCUGGAACGAAUCAAGCCGAUCGUCUCUCUUGCCAAGUCCAAAAAUAUACGGGUACGCGGGUACGUGUCUGUUGCACUAGGAUGUCCGUACGAAGGCCCGGAGGUGGAUCCCACAAAGGUCGCAGAUAUCACUGCUACGCUCUUGGAAAUGGGUGCAGAUGAGGUAUCUGUGGCAGACACGACGGGUAUGGGUACGGCGCCCAGGACGAAUGAGCUUCUGAAGGCGCUCAAGGCAGCUGGCAUUGCCAGUACGGAUUUAGCACUUCACUUCCACGAUACCUACGGGCAGGCAUUGGUGAACACCAUUGUAGGCUUGGAGCAUGGAAUUCGGAUAUUCGAUAGCAGUGUAGGAGGGCUGGGUGGCUGCCCGUAUUCCAAAGGUGCGACUGGUAAUGUUUCCACGGAGGAUCUGGUCCACACGCUCCACAGUCUGGGGAUGCAUACUGGGGUCAGCUUGGAUGAGAUGUCACGCAUCGGGGCCUGGAUCAGUGCAGAGCUAGGCCGGUCCAAUGAUAGUCGUGCUGGCAAGGCAACGAAUGCCCGAUUGUCAGAAUAA